GGAAGUCUACACGACAGCCAGUAGCCAUAUCACACACACGCAGCGUGUCUGCGGCUAACUGUUAGCAACUAGUUAAAGAGCUCUUUCUUGCUUUUGUUGUGGAAAAGGCUCCAUUUUGUGCUUACAGUUUCACUCCAAUCAGUGUUUUAGGGAAACUGGAAAGGUACAUAAAAGCGUUAAUUUCUCCUGUCAUCAGUGGAGGUCUCGGUGUGUGUGGAUGGCCGCCCCUGCCGAUUUGGAGAUGGAGUUGGAGGAAGAGGAGUCGAUGCACGAUGAAGAUGACAUGGAGGACCCGCCGUUGAAUAUGACGUACAUUCCCGUGCUGCCGGUCAACACCUGCGAUACGCAGGAGUUGUCAGGCACUUGUCUAGGCUUCUCGGUGAACGGUCGCCGAGUCCACCUACCACCUGGAGGAGGCGCUACGGAGCUGAAGCUGUACUUCUGUCCUGGCGGCUCGUCCAGCGGCUUCGUUACCGUCCGCGUGGCCGACCGCACCUCCGUAAUGCCGUCGCGUCCCUUGUCGGACUGCGCCCCCGUCAUCACGAGCGUGGUCUCAGGUCAAGCCGCUCACAAAGUUUUCAAGGAGCACCAGAAGAGCGCCGUUACGCAGAAGCCACUGCAUUCUUCUUCGCCCAAAGCCCCCGCCAGACCUGCGGUCGACACCAAAAAAUAUAUACCCAAAGGUCCGGCCCGUCCUUUCAAGUGUGCGGCGUGCUCAUCUCAGUACAAGCUGAUCUCGGAGCUGCGAGGAUUCAUUUGCCUCUGCAGUCCCGUCGUUGCAGAGAGCGUGAAUAAACUCAAGGUCAUCAGGAAGAAGAAGAAUGACAAGAAGCGCCAGCGCGUCAGAGCCAGGAGGGCCUGCAAAGAGUUGGCGGAAUUAGCAGACCACCCUCCCGCUCCCGCAGUCUCCUCUCCUCGCCCGAUUCUUGCCGCCGUCGUCUCCACGUCCGAAACUUCGCCAGGCCCCGCCUCCCAUCAGGUCCUCCGGCCCGUGCACGGCAAGCUGGUCAUCAUGGUGGACGACUUCUACUACGGAUGCGACCCCGGCCGCAGCGCCGUCGGCGAGCGCGUCAACUCCCGCUGCCUCGCCGGGCCCUACCGCUGCCAGCACUGCUCCGAGACCCUCCUCAGCAACAUCCAGCUAAUGUCUCACUUGAAGACGCACGCCGCCAAGAUGGCCGAAGAGGACUGCCACAUGGGCUCGGUGUCUCCUUGUCCUCACUGCUUCCGUCGCUUCAGCUCUCCCUUCAAACUCCAGUGCCACAUGGAGGCGGUGCACACGCAGCACGUGUCUACCGCCAAGUGUGAGAUCUGCGAGCUGGAUUUUGGCACCGAGCCGUUGUUCCUGCAGCACAUGAAGAGCACGCACAAGGCGGGAGAGAUGCCCUACGUGUGCCAGGUGUGCGACUUCAGGUCGUCCUUCUACUCGGACGUGUGGAGUCACUUUGAGAAGUUUCACGCCAACACCAGGAACCUGAUGUGUCCGUACUGUCUGAAGGUCCUACGCACUAGCCACUGCUACAUACAUCACUUUGCCAGGCAUCAGAGAAAGUUUGUGUUUAGCUGCCAGAAGUGUCGCCUUCACUUCCUCUGCGUCAAAGAGCGCCAGCAGCACUACGACCUGCACCACAGAACCCACAUCACACCCACGCAAGUCACGGGACUCAAGCUGGGGACCAAGGUGACUGUCAGGACGUACUCGGUGGUCGCAGGAGCCAAGUGUGAGGAGGCUGCGCUUCGAGCGGUGGUUGCGUGUAAGGUGGUCGACGUCGAGGCAGCGACACCCCCGCCGGAAGUUCCCAAGAAGAAACCGAGGGAGAGCGUAGCUCACCUGUUGUCCAACCUCAGCAGUGAGGAAGACGAAGGGGACGCGCCCCGUCCUUCACGUCGCUGCGUGGAGUGUCUGAAGGCCAUCCGCAAGCUGAGCACUCACUUCCCGUCUCGUGUGUGCUGCUCGCUGUGCCCGUUCACCACCUGCUGCUCCACCGCCUACGCCAACCACAUGAUCAAAGACCACACCGCCGUCAAGAAGUCGCUGCACUACCACGGCAUGUUCCAGUCGAAUGCGAGGUUGCCGGAGAAGCUGAUCUGCGCGUCGUGUUCGUUUGUUAGCCACGUAGGUGACGAGAUGGCCGCUCACCUGACGGAGCAGCCGGGCCACGUGUGCGUGGUGUCAGAUGCUUCCGACACCUUGGGAGCCGAUGCGCAACCGACAAGCAAUUCCGACAGCAAGCGCCGUGUGACAUCAUCGGGAGGGGGAGGAGCCUUCGUGCCCAUCGUCCUGGCACCACCCUGCCAGCUGUCGGUCAAAGCGCUCGUCUCACCCUACGACCCGCCCUCUCCGGCCGCCAUGACCAUCAAGUUUCUCAGGCCCUGCCCACCGCCUCCUCAAGAGCCGGCUCCUCCCUCUCCUCCUCCUCCUGCUCCUGCUCCCGAUCCUGAUCCUGCUCUGAUGCCAGCGCCGCGAGAGAGCCACCUGCUGGCGGAAUGGGAGUGGCGUGUGGCCACGUGGGCGCUUAUCCGCCACGAGCAGCAGCUUCGCAUCAGCGAGGAUGUCCUGCUGCGGACGGGUGCCCGCGUGCCGCCCGAGAACGGCCAUGAGGCCGAGCGCUACCGCCGCGCCGUCGAGCGCCUGUGCCGACAUCUGCGGCCCGGCUGCCCCGGCGGACGCCUGCCCGACAAAGUCCUGGACAUGGUCAUGGAGAAGAGCGCCGCCUUCGUCCUCUCGCUCUGCUCGCAGAUCCGGAGCGCUUCUCUGCGGCCCGGCCGCGUGGGCUUCAUGGACGAGCUGUCGGUGUUUGUGGACGCCAAGCUCUUUGCCGGCCGCAGCGCACAGGCCUUCCAGCUACAGGGCUGGCCGACGCAGACGCCCCUGUUUGACGUGAUGCUGUCGGCGCUGUCGGACGGGACCUUCCUGCCACCCGUGCUUUUCUUCCACGGGGCGCCGGUGGCCCUUCCCGCUGGCUUCCCUAACAACGUGCUGCUGGAGGCCCGCCGCGAUGGCUUCAGCGACGCCCGACGCCUGCAAGUGUGGACGCGCCAGGUGUGGCGCCCGCACGUGUGGCUGCGCGGCAAGUCGCUGCUGAUGGCGGACGUCCAUCGGGGACACACCAGCGACGAGUUCAAGGGCCUGCUGAGAGCCGCCUCCACAGACGCCAUUUUCAUCCCCGCCGGCUGCAGUUGCCGCCUGCAGCCGCUGGAUGUCUGCGUCAAGCCCGUUCUGCUCAACUUCUUGCAGGCCCGUUGGAAGCACCUGGUGACGCACGGCGGUCUGGAUGGUCUGAGUCUGGACCAGCUGGCCCUGAUGGUGGCCUGCUGGCUCAGUGAAGUGUCGUCCACCCUGACUUCGGACGUUGACAUCUUGAGAAGGUCAUUCGCGUCGGUGUGUCACCUGCAGAAGGAGCAGAAGGAUGCCAAUCAGUUGAUCCAAUCGCUGACCGCCAAGCUCAGCAUGCCUCUGGAGGACCCAAAACCUCCUCCUGGUCCAGAACCUGACCCUGACCCCGGUCCUGAUCCCAGUCCUCCCUCUAGGGAAGUAAAACUUCUUCUGGUGCUACACAGAGACCAGAAGCAGAAAAUGGACUUGACCGCGGAGAACGGAGAGCACCCAAAGACAUCAUGACAUCAGCUUUUGAGGUGAUAAGGCUCGCAUUGACAGCUCUACGGCUGCGUCAGCACCGUCAUGAAAUGAUUGACAGUCGGUAUUGAUGACUGAUUCGCUUGGAAUGAUUCCUGACUCCCCACCACUUCCUUGGGGCAUUGUAGUGGACGUUUAUCGGAACGGUCUUGUCAAGGAGUGCCCAACUCCCGGCGCAGCCUUUGUGACUUUGGUAACACCUGGUGGUGUGAUGCAGUAUUACCCCUUGUUACUGUUCACUUGAGAAUUUCAAUUUGUUUCAUCAAUUCUGAGAAUUAUUAAAAAAUGAACUUUUUCUCUCUGCA